CAGUUUUUUUCCAAGGUAACUUCCCCCAAAUUUUAACAAGACCGCGCUUUCAGCUUCCAUUGUCGUCUCGAUCCUUCUAGAUUUUCUUCGCUGCCGUGUCAUUACUCAUUAGACACGAGCUCGCAGAUUCACUAAAUUACUAAAGCGAACAUUCAAAUUACUCUUUCGUUUGAUCCCAUCAAAUAAAACCUCCAGAAUCUUGACGCAACACAGAGAUCAAGAAACGAUGUUCGGAGUCGUGUUCCCAAAUCGUAGUUUCCCGAUGGACAUCUCUACUUUUACCCAAAUCGACACCUUCCACUGGCUCCUAGACAUGAACACAUUCGUUGGUGAGGCGUAUGAUUCAAUCCGCGAAGUCUGCAUCUUUCUUCUCAAUAAUUUCACUCUUCCACCUGACAAAGCCCUAGCUGUGUACAUCCAAUCGCCUGGGUCCCCUUUCCAAUUCGUCGGCGCAGUAACCCUAGCCCGCCCUUCCGCCGUCCUCUCCCUUCCCUGGCCCGAUCCAGGCGGCGAAGGACUUCACAAACAGCUCACCGCCCCCGACGCCGCCCCUCUCUCAGCCAAAAUCGGCGUUUCCGUUGAAGACCUGGCCUCUCUCCCAUCACUUGAUGUGGCAGCGGAGAAAAGGAUUGAGCGGCUGGCUAUGAAGGUUGGUGAAAAUUUGUUUAAUUUUAUGCAAUCGUUUUGUGGAGUUGAUGGGAGCAAAUUGGUGGUGCCAAUGGAUAUAUUGGAUCGGUGGUUUAAAAAGUUUCAAGAACGGGCGAAACGAGAUCCUGAGUACUUGAAGGGAUUUGCUUUGUAGUGUGAAUUAAGGUACACUGCCUUUAUUUUUUUUGUCAAACAUGUUUGUAUUUUGCAUUCAAAGUGUUCGAUCAAAUGUCUGUGACAUAAAAGCUUGAGUUUUAGUGGCAGUCUAAUUUAAUUUGUGAGCAAUCUUCUUCAAACAUAAUAUUUCAAUGUAUUACUUGAACAUGUGCUGAUUCUCAAGAACAAAAUGGGCACAAAAAUCAUCUUUUUAAAUUGCAAAUUGGAUUGUAUAACCUUUUGAGACACAAUGUGAUUGUUUUACAAUA